AAUGCCGCAUAGUAACAUGCGCAACGAUUCCUCCAGAGCAAAGUAUAACUAGACCAAAAAGCCCCCAUCGGGAGGGACUCCAGGUCCUCGCCGAUCCCGUGGGGCGUUAAGAUUUGAGCUUCAAUCCAUCAACCAAACCGAACAGGACGGCGGCUGGGGGGCUGGCCCGGCUGAUGGCGGCACGCUGGGCAUGGUGGGUAGGAUUGAUCACUGAUGGUUCCGGGGAAACGGUCGAGAUGACGAUUUCGCGUGCGGUUGCGUCGGGGAAUUCCAUGUCGAUCAGGGGAGAGCGAGCAGUUGGCAACACCAAGAAAACCAGCUCGAAAACCAGCUCGAAAAUAAGCACAAGCAGACAGCACGCCACGCAACAUGGCGCCAAGCAGCAGCUGGCAGGGCCAAUUCACGUAGCGCUGCGCAACUGUGCAACUGCGGGGAGCGGCCAAGGCCCGCCGAGAUGGUUGGUUGCCGCAGAGGCGGGAUUUCGCAAUCCAGGAAAUUCCAUCUCACUCGACGGCGACCCCAUCGAGCGGAGCCCUUCGUCAUCGCCAAGGCACCAUGAUGCCUCAGCUCGCCAGAGCCGGUAGCACAAGUGCACUGGGAACGACAUGUUGCCUCGCUUGGGCCUGUACAAAAAUGAUUUUGCUUCGGAUUCAAAGGCAACUCCAACUUGGUUUUUAUUAAAAGUGCUAACAAGCGAGCAAACACGGAACGACUCGGAGUACCUACUCUAAAACCAAGGCUCUCCGUCACGGAAGAAGCGCAUAAUCCGGCCCAACCCCAUCACAUCACGUGCCCAAUAAACAGACAGGCAGCCAUGGUCCUUGUCCCAAACGGCACCCCGGGCCCGACGCCCGUCGUGCGCAUGAUGGUGCUCGAGACGGACGAGCCGCACCCAAAGUCCAAGGGGCGGCGGGGUACUUACGGCGAGAUCCUCAGGAGGCACUUUGAGAGCGCCGGCGCCGACCACGACCCGCCGCUGGGCGUCCAGACCGACACCCGCUUCGUCGUCACCGACAAGGGUGGCAAGGUGCCCACCUACGACGAGCUCAACGACUUCCACGCCGUCCUGAUUACAGGGAGCAUGUACGACGCCCACGGGUCCAACGAGUGGAUCACCCAGCUGGUCGGGCUGCUCACAGAUGUUUGGCGCCGGCGUCCCGACAUGCGCUUCUCGGGCGUUUGCUUCGGCCACCAGAUCCUCAACCGCAUCCUGGGCUCGACCGUCGCCCCGGCCCCGUCGCAGGACUGGGAGCUCGGCCACUGCCGCAUCAACCUAACCGCCACGGGCCAGCGGCUCUUCCAGACGAACCAGCCCUUUGUGCACCUGCACCAGAUGCACCAGGACCAGGUGGUCGAGGCCCCCGACCCGGCCGCCUCCGGGGGCCUGCUGGAAGCGCGCGCCCGCGUCUCCGUCUGGGGCAGCAGCAGACACACAAAGGUGCAGGGCACCUACAUCCCCAGGCGCGUCUUCACCACGCAGGCCCACCUGGCAUUCGACGAGCGCAUGGUCAAACGCGAGAUGGAGAUGCGCGUCAAGCAGGGCGCCAUCGAGGACCCGGAACACGUCCACCGAGCCGCCGAGACGGCUCACCUCGAGCACGACGGAGAUCUUGUCGCCGCCGCCAUAUUGAGGUUCUUCCACGGAGAUGACGACGAGAUCGACGCCUGAGGGGAGACUGGCUGCUGCCACGCUGUGACGCGCCAAGGUUUAGCGUUGGCUUGGGGCUGGAAAUGCUAGAGGGUGGGUGGCUCAUAACCGUGCUCAAUAAAACGCCCGCUACAGCGGGCUACCCAAGAUGAUUGGUAUUCGACUCCUCCCAAACUCAUUCUCCUCGUGAUUCGCGCUCACUCUGGCG